AAUAGCUACGUAGCACAUUGCACAAUGGUCCAGGGUUUAUUAUAACCAUUCGUUUUAUUUCGACUCGUAAACACGAGCGAAAUUACUUCCACAGUACGAAACACGUCUUUGAUAUGCAUCGUCUAUUUUAUUAUACAAUUGUACUGGGUGCCUUGUUGCCAUCAAAAGCAGCGCAUAUCAACGUCACCAACAUAAACGUCACAAAUGUAAACGAAACACAUAUAGAAACAGUAGAAGAAAUCGAUCAUGAAAAUGAGACAGCAAUACAAAUCGAAAUACUGCAGAAAGAAAAAGACGAUCUAUACAUCAAAAUAAACAAAGCUAUCGACGAAGCUAUACCAGAACUCGAAAAAAGUAAUGACACUGACUCAAUCAGCGGUCUUGAAGAUUUGAAAACUUUGAAAAAUCAGAUAAAUGAAAUACACGAAGCUAGUGAUAGUAAUGAUGAUAGAAACUCCAGUGAUUUUAAAACUGAUUUCAGGCGAAAGAUGUCAUUAAGAAUUGAUAAAAAAGGAAAAGAUGAUUGGUUAAAAAGGCAGAAGAAAAACGAGUUUUACGAUAAACUGGUAAAGAGUAGAGAUAAGAAGUAUACUAGUAUGCCGAGGGUGUUGAACCGGCAGAAGAUAGCGGAGCAGAUACAGUUGUGGCUGCUCAAACAACAGGAGGAAAAGAGGAAGAUUAAGGAAAUGAAAGUAAAGUUCAAAAUCGACUUCGAGCGCUGCCCCGACUUUGGUCGCGGCCGGGAGAAGAAAACCAAAAACCCGGGUACCAAUAAGGCCGUCAAGUCCAACUACUUCCCUUGCUGCAGAAAGUGUUGCAAGAAGUCGUACCUCGGCUGCUUAUAA